AUGGUGGACGACAAGUACAUUGGGUUGGCGUUAGCCACAUCCUCAUCAUUCGCUAUUGGUACAUCGUUUAUUAUCACGAAGAAGGGAUUAAUGGAUGCAUCUUCCAGAAACGGCACCGAUCAGGUUCAGGGCCAUGAAUAUCUUCAAAAUCCCAUCUGGUGGGCUGGCAUGAUAACCAUGGCAGUGGGAGAAAUUGCAAACUUUGCUGCGUACACAUUUGCGCCUGCCAUCUUGGUCACGCCCUUAGGAGCAUUAUCAGUCAUCAUAGGAGCCGUCCUAGCUGCUAUGUUUCUUAAAGAAGAGUUAGGCACCUUGGGAAAAAUGGGCUGCGCAAUUUGUUUGAUGGGUUCAGUAAUAAUUGUAAUCCAUGCUCCUCCAGAUAAGGAGAUUAAAACAGUUGACGAGAUUUUAGCAUAUGCUUCUAAGCCUGGAUUUCUUUUGUACUGCUUUCUUGUCGCAAUUUAUUCAUUAUUCAUGAUCUACAAGAUUGUACCAAAGUAUGGACACACGAAUCCAAUGAUUUAUCUUUCCAUUUGUUCCUCUGUGGGAUCUAUUUCUGUUAUGUCAAUUAAGGCGUUUGGUAUUGCCUUGAAAUUAACGCUUGGAGGUCACAAUCAGUUCACACAUGUUUCAACUUACUUGUUUAUUUCGGUUGUGGUACUCUGUAUUCUCACCCAAAUGCAUUACUUCAAUAAAGCAUUAGACCAGUUCGACACUUCAAUUGUUAAUCCAUUAUAUUACGUUACUUUCACAACAUUUACCCUAUUAGCCUCCUUUAUUUUGUUCAGGGGGUUUAACACCACUUCAGCUGUUAAUAUCAUUUCUUUAUUGAUUGGAUUUCUUAUAAUUUUCAGUGGGGUUUACUUGUUAAACAUUUCAAGAAAGGACAACGAAGGCAGGUCCAGAGAAAUCUUCGGAAUUCAUCAAGGCAAAGAUAUGGCACCGCUAGACAAUGGAAUUGGAGGAUUUUCUUCUAUGAGAAGAUCUAUGCAAGUAAAUGCAGAUGCGUAUGACGAAGAAACUCUAGGCUUGAGAAGAUUUGAUAGCUUUGAGUUAGGAAGUGAUGAAGAAGUAUCAAGACGUUAA